UUAGAAAAAAGAAAGGCUGAUAAUAUUGAUAAAGAAUUAGCAACCAAUUCUGAAAAUUUUAUCAAAGCAGAGCUUUCUUUAACCUUUAAAGGAUUAAAUAUUAAUAAUUGUACUGCUUAA